AUGGUCUUUCUAGCUUUCCUUUUGGUGAUCUGUGUCUUUGGAAUGGUGGGGAAUGGGAUAGUCUUGUGGUUCCUGGGUUUCCAGAUGAAGCGGAAUCCUUUCACUGUCUACAUCCUAAAUCUGGCUGUUGCUGACUGCUGUCUGCUCCUCUUGUUUUUUCUGUUAACAUUGGGACAUUUGAUCUUAACAAUCAUUUGCUACGGUUUGAUAUCUUUUCAUCCUUUCAUCAAUAACUUUGUAUAUGCAGUUGAAUUCCUGUGCCACUUCUUUGUCCUUAGCAGCCUGGGUCUCCUGACAGCCAUCAGCACGGAGCGCUCUGUCUCUGUCAUCUUCCCAAUCUGGUAUCGCUGCCACCGCCCAAAGCACUUGUCAGGCAUCGUGAGUGGGGUGCUCUGGGCCAGCAUCGGCUCUUUCAUUUUGGCCAUGUAUCUUUGCUAUCUCUUUCAUCAAAGAUAUGGGACACUCUUUUCAAGUGUGAUCACUGUCUACUCUGUGAUUUUGUCAUUAUUGAUGUUGAUUUCCAACGCGUCCAUGGUCAUAAGGCUCCGAUGUGGCUCACAGAGACGGCACCUGGGGAAACUCUAUGUUGCUGUUGUGCUCAAUGUCAUCUUCUUCUUUGCCUUUGGGAUGCCCUUCACCUUAAAUGCUGUCCUUGCACUUUUACAUAACGGUAUUUACGUUAAUCAAAGUGUGGUUCUUGUUCUGGCUCUGCUGAACAGCAGCAUCAAUCCAGUCAUUUACUUCCUGGUGGGGAGCUGGCGGCAGCGCCGCUUCCAAGGCUCCAUCAAAGUCGCCCUGCGCAGAGUGUUUGAAGAGAAAGCGAGGAGCAAGGAGGAGAGCCCCGUGCCUGAGGGCAUCCCCAUGGAGAGCACUGCCCAAGGCCCUGCUGGGCAGGGGGAGGCCUGA